GACUGAUGCUCAGCUCACCCCGUAGCCAAUACUGCCGAUAUCGUAUCGUUCGGUUGGGUGGAGGGCGGUUAACGCCUUGACUUUACUACAGAAGCUAUAGCGCACAGUCCUAGUCUACUCGUUUAGAUGCUUCCAUUCUCUCUCAGACGCAAACGGAAUCAUCAGGAAUCAGGUGCGCGCACCAGCCGCUCUCGCACUCCACCGUACUCACCCUUUCCAUCCACACCGGAGAGGAUCGCGCACGGCGUCUGGUUUCAGUCGUGAUGUUGCUGUAGGUUAAGUGCAACCCCCCGUAGCACCGUCGGUCAGAAAACUAGCGAUACUUUACAGCAAAAUGCAGUGGACAUGAGAUGGCACCUUUUGAUACAAGUCAGAUCCCGGAUUCUAUGUGCAGAACCGGGAAUGACAACAGCUGGAAAUGGUGAGGAGCCAUGUCCGUGGAUGUCACAGGCGGUCUCUAGUCAAGCACAACUGUGUGAGUGUGACUACUCUGUAAACUGCUCUGAGGGUAAAUCGACAACGUGCCACGGCAGAGUAAUAGAUGGUGUGUCCACCUGAGGUAGUCCGAGUAUCAUCAUAUCUGACUGUUUGCUAGGCCGGGCGGCUGCUGUUUUGUGCCUCCCGGUAAAUCAUCACUGAAGCGAUUUGGUCACAGACGAGCACUUGCAUGUCAAAUGAAUUUGUCAGUCUUCAAAUUUAUUUUGACAGUGUACUAAGGUGAGGACGUGUUUUUCUUUUUGGCGUUCAAAUCCGUCGCAACAGAUUCAACACAUCAAUUAAUCAGCGCGCGGAUCCGUGCAGUUUGUGUUCUAUCUAUGCACGCGAGUUCCACCGACUUGCAAACCUGCGCCUGGGAAAGGACUUUUCGCCUUUUAUAGCUGGAUAUGUUCAGAUUAACGUAAAGGAUGGAUCUAAUUAUAUUUGUACUGGGGCCCCUGACACUGUUUCUGCAGGGUAUCCAUGGCCAAGGAGUGUACGCGCCCCCUACUGUUCGUAUCGUGCACUCUGGCCAUGCCUGUAACGUGGAGGAGGAACGCCACACUGAGAGGGUGUACACCAUCCGGGAGGGGGAGACCCUGGAGCUCACCUGCCUGGUCACCGGACACCCACGGCCUCAGAUCCGCUGGACCAAAACGGCGGGCAGCGUGUCGGACCGCUUCCAGGACUCGAGCGUGUUCAACGAGACGCUGAACAUCGCCAAGAUCCAGAGGCACCAGGGCGGACGCUACUACUGCAAGGCCGAAAACGGUCUGGGCUCGCCCGCCAUCAAGUCCAUCAGGGUGGAUGUCUACUACCUGGACGACCCCGUGGUGACGGUGCACCAGAGCAUCGGCGAGGCCAAGGAGCAGUUCUACUACGAGCGGACCGUGUUCCUGCGCUGCGUGGCCAACUCCAACCCUCCCGUCCGCUACAGCUGGCACCGCGGCCGCGACGUGCUGUCCCAGGGCUCCGACAAGGGAGUGGAGAUCUACGAGCCCUUCUUUACACAGGGGGAGACGAAGAUCCUAAAGUUGAAGAACCUCCGUCCUCAGGACUACGCCAACUACAGCUGCAUCGCCUCCGUCAGGAACGUGUGUGGCAUUCCUGACCGGAGCGUCAUCUUCAAACUCACCAACAAGACAGCCUCCCCCUCCAUCAAGCUGCUGGUGGAGGACCCCAUCGUGGUGAACCCGGGCCAGACGGUGUCCUUGGUGUGCAUCACCACGGGCGGGGAGCCGGGGCCCGCGCUCAGCUGGCACGGCAGCUCUGACGGCCUGCCGGACAAGAGCGUCCUGAAGGGCGGCACGCUCACCCUGCCCGCCGUCACCUCCGACGACGCCGGCGUCUACAGCUGCGUCGCCAGCAACAACGUGGGGAACCCGGCCAAGAAAUCCACCACCAUCGUGGUCCGAGCUCUGAAGAAGGGGCGUUUCUGGAUCACUCCAGACCCGUACCACAAUGAUGACAACAUCCAGAUAGGACGAGAGGUCAAAAUAUCCUGCCAGGUGGAGGCGACGCCCCCCGAGGAACUGACAUUUGGUUGGCUGAAGAAUGGGCGGGCCCUGCGUAGCUCUGAGCGAAUGGUGAUCACCCAGACAGACCCGGACAUCUCUCCUGGAACCACCAACCUGGACAUCAUCGAUCUGAAGUUCACAGACUUCGGCACGUACACCUGUGUGGCGGCGCUCAAGGGAGGGGGCAUCCCUGAGAUCAGCAUCGACGUCAACAUCUCCUCCACUACUGUUCCCCCCAACCUGACAGUCCCCCGGGGCAAGUCGCCCUUGGUGACCCGGGAAGGGGACACAGUGGAGCUGGAGUGCCUUGUUUCAGGGAAGCCCAAGCCCAUCAUCCUGUGGUCUCGGGCCGACAAGGAGGUGCCCAUGGCGGACGGCAGCAUGCAGUCGGAGAGCUACGACGGCGUGCUGCGGAUCGUCAACGUGUCGCGGGAGAUGAGCGGCUCCUACCGCUGCCAGACCAGCCAGUACAACGGCUUCAACGUCAAGCCCAGGGAGGCGGUGGUGGAGCUCAUCGUGCAGUACCCUCCGUCGGUUGAGCCUGUGUCGCUGGAGGUGCGUCAGGGUCUGAGCAGGCCCGUGGUGCUGACGUGCCGGGUCCUGAGAGCGCACCCGUCCAGGGUGCUUCGCUUCGAGUGGCGUCUGGGGAACCGCCUGCUCAACGCCGGACACUUUGUGGACCAGCGGGACGAAUCGGAGCACACCAUCCGCAGCCUGAACCGGGAUGGCUGGGGAGUGUACACCUGCGACGUCAUCAACGAGGCCGGGGCGGGACGCUGCACUUUCACCGUCACAGGGAAGGCCUAUCCUCCAGAGUUCUACUACGACACCUACAGUCCGCUGUGGCAGAACAGGCCCAGGGUGUAUGGCUUCAAGCUGCAGUGGUCCCAGAUGAACCCUGGUGCUGUGGAUCCCAUCAUAGCUUACAGGCUGGGCAUACGACAGACAGGGCUGCAGCGGUGGUGGGAGCAGGAGAUCCCUGUGGAGGGUCCCAUCGCCAGCGGAGAGCUCAUCACCCACAACCUGACAGAGCUGAUCAAGCCGGAGGCUUACGAGGUGCGUCUCACCCCCAUCACUCGCUUCGGAGAGGGCGACGCCACCAUCCGCAUCGUCACCUACAGCGCUCCAAUCAACCCCCACCUGAGAGAGUUCCACUGUAGCUUUGAGGAGGAGCCUAUCUGCAUGUUCACACAGGACAAGAAUGAUGAUUUUGAUUGGUUGAGGCACAGCGCCGCCACCCGUGACACCAAGUACACGCCCAACACGGGGCCCAGCGGGGACCGCAGUGGCUCCAAGCAGGGUUUUUACAUGUACAUCGAGACGUCUCGUCCUCGCAAGGAGGGCGAUCAGGCCCGGCUGGUGAGUCCUUUCUUCACCGUCGCUCCCAAGAACCCCUACGGCAUCAACAACCCCCCAGCCUACUGCUUCAGCUUCUUCUACCACAUGUAUGGGAAACACAUCGGGACCCUGAACGCCUUCCUGAGGCAGAAGGGCCAAACCGCCUCUGAUGGCCCCGUGUGGUCCUUAAGCGGUCACCAAGGUGACCGCUGGAAGCAGGCCAAAGUGAGCAUCCAUCCGACUGCGUCCUUCCAGGUUGUUCUCGAGGGGAUUCGAGGCCCUGGCAUCGAGGGAGACAUCGCCAUCGAUGACGUCACCCUCGAAGAAGGAGAGUGUCGAAACCCACCAACCAAUCUCAGCUCCGCGGCUCCACCCACGAAUGCCCAUAUAUGGCCGUUGAGCAUCACCUUGGUGAUGACCUUUCUGGGGGGUCAAAGGUGACCAUACAGCGCGUCGUUGUCUGUUGUUGGAGGAGGAGGAGGACGAGGAGGAGGAAGUCCAGACCAACGUCUGUGAGCUAGAACCCUUGGCAUCCAAUCACCAAAGAUCCAUGCAUUCUAAAGGCAGCAGAGGGGCCCCUAAUUGAGGACCACAGAGGAAUGAAAACUAAUAAAACCGAGAAAAAAAAGGGAAAAAAUGACACAAAAGGUAAUAAAGAAUCGUUUUUUGUUUUUGUUUUUUAAGAGACAUCUUUUACAGAAAACGCUCCACAGUGCUCCUUAGUGAGAGCGUUACCCAGCAGAGCCAGGGUUUGGUGAGGAACAAGCCUGUACUUUGUGGCUGUUCACAAGCAUUGAGAGAGGACUAUUUGUAAAGCACAAGGACAACUUUGCCAGUUCCAACAUUUCUUUGUCUGGGAAAUAAGACAUUUGUGACUUUUUGAAGAAAAAAGAACAAUUUCCCAGCAUACAAACACACGCCGUCUCUGGAUCACAUUGUUAUUAUAUCUGAUUCUGAUACUGAUUCUGAUUUACUGGCACCUGAAUGCCAGUUUUCCCUCUGCCCAACCCCUCGCCACACUCUGAUCCUUUUUGUUUUGGCUCGGUGCUGAAAUGUAGAAAAUAGAAACACACAAUAUUUAGU